GUGGCUUUUGGUCAAUAUCUAAGCGGCUCCCAGGUGCAGCGGCAGCGGCUAUGAGGCAGAAGCACUACCUUGAGGCUGCGGCGCGGAAACUUCAAGACAGCUGCCCAGGCCAGGCCCGUUAUCUUCUGUGGACCUACAGUUCGUCACACGAUGACAAAAGCACUUUUGAAGAGACAUGUCCAUAUUGUUUCCAGUUGCUGGUUCUGGAUAACUCUAGAGUGCGCCUCAAACCUAAAUCCAAAUUGACACCUAAAAUACAGAAACUUCUUAAUCGAGCAGAAAGUAAUUAUACACUCAGUUUUAAAGAAGCAAAAAUUGUGAAAAAAUAUCAAGAUUCCAAAAGUGUGCUGAUGAUUACUUGUAAAACGUGCAACAAGACAGUUAAACAUCAUGGUAAAAGUAGAAGCUUUCUGUCAGCAUUACAGAAUAAUUCUGCCAUUCCUACAAGUAAAUUUAGCCUGAAGACACCAGAAAGGAAGACUCGAAAUCCUGCAAACCUAAAUCCUGAUGUGUUUGGUUCCAAAGGCAAGAGCCCAGCGAUUUUCAGAACACCGACAUCUGGACAGUCAACACCCAUUUACUCCUCAAAGAGUGCUAGCAAAACAAAGAAACACUUCUCUCAACUAAAAAUGUUGCUAAGUCAGAAUGAAUCCCAGAAGAAUCCAAAAAUGGACUUUAGACACUUCUUAUCAUCUCUGUAAAGGAUGGACAAUGAAAAUAAGUAGUGUUUCAUGUGAUUUCUAAAACUGAAGUUAGAAAAACGGCUUUUUAUUUAUUCUUUACAUGUUUUUCUUUGGCAUCCUUCAGUGUUUAUGUACUAAUGUAUGGUUUAAGCCUCUAAAAGUAUCGCAUUUAACUUGUAUUUCCAUAAGUAAAAUGAAAUUUUCUUGCUUACACUAAUAGAACUCUAAAAAGAUGCUAAGUUUAAAAAAACAGCUGAAUUUUCCUGAUACGUCUGACUAUAAGUUAAUGCUCUCUGCAUGAGUUUCACUUAAUUCAAACAUUUCAGGUUUUUCCAUGGAAUUCAAAUGAAAUUCUGAAAAUCAAUUUACAUCCCACUUUAGUCAGCAAGCUACUUAUCAGAAAGGCAAAAUCCAUUUUUUAUGUCAUCCAGUUAGAAAUAAAGCCACAUGGUCUUCAGCAAUUAAAAUAGCAGUCAGACUAUAGGCAGAUAAGUCAGGCCCCACACUGCAUUUGUUUCCUCCUUCACUCUACUGCCCUCUGACGAAUUGCAACAGAUGUGCUAAGACAGGAAAGGAAACAAGAAAAUAAGGAGAGAUUUGCUAUUAUAUAAAGUGGGGUUCAUGACAAAUGAAAAUAAUUUGCCUUUUCAGAAAAGAACAAAUCCUUUUACUCUUUAAAUCCUUUACUCUCUGAAGAAAUCUUUAUGAGGAAAAGUACUAGAUGUUUGUCUAGAACAGUGGUGUAUAAAACAAAGCUGGGGCAUGAAUAUGCAUCAAAAUUACCUAGAGAGUUGAUAAAAGAUACAUCAUUGACCUUAAAUUUCCAUAUUCAGUACGUCUGGAGCCCAAGAAUGUGCGCCUCUGAGAAGUCCCCAGCUGAAGUUACUAUUGCUGGGCUUUCCUUUCUCUCAGUGAGGAGAUGGUUAUUUUUCAUGGGAACCUGUACUUUAUUAUAUUCUUACUGGACUUGAUUUAACUAUUUAAAAUUGUGAAGCAAGUCAUAGAUUUUAUCUAGAACACAGGUUAUCAAACCCAAUGGAACCAGCAUC